UGCCCUGACGAAGGCAUGCUAAUAUAUGGACCUUGCGCAGGACAUUGACGUCAUACUACACGACGCGCCGCUCCAUCUUCUCCAUUUCUAGCCCUUACUCGUAUUCUUCGACCUUCCCCGCGUUAGACCGAGUGUCUUCGCCAACCAUCAACCUGGCUGGAAACAAGCGACGGAGUUUCUCCAGUCAAGGAGGCCUGUUGAACAGGAUGUUUGGCUCAUCCCCUGGGAAGGAUGACGAGUCUGACCCUGUAGAUGCUCCAGCCUCGACCGACACGUCGACGCCUAUAACUGUGACGAACGAGGCGACCUCAGGCGGGGAGAAGCGGGCUGGGAGUACACCGGUGGCCUCGGAGCGCAAGAACAGCGAAGUCAGCCCCAAUAGCGAAAAGAAACGAAGAAGUAGCGGUGUUUCGCGUGCGAGGGAUAUGUUCUCCAGCGCAAAACAGUCCCUCCAUCUCUCUGGAUCGUCCCCUACAACCGCCUCCAACAACUCCUCUGAGAAGCCCGGUCCUCAGACACCUAUACAGAAGCUUGGGAAGUCUGAUGCUGCCCUUAGCGUUCCCCAGGGCUCUCUGAACAACUCCGCCGGUGAAUCGCUGCCUGGUCCACGAUCCACUUUCCGUGUCGGCGUCACCGAGGACAAGAAUAAGAAAUGCAGGCGAACUAUGGAGGAUACCCAUGCCUAUUUGUACAACUUUCUAAGUACACCCGCGCCAUCCUACGGCCCAGACAAGAGUCGCAGCUCCAUUUCCGACGGAUCAAGCUCAUCCGAUCUGCCUGUGGUGGAAACGGAUAACGGGUACUUCGCCAUAUUUGAUGGGCAUGCUGGCACGUUUGCGGCGGAUUGGUGCGGCAAGAAGUUGCAUCUUUUGCUGGAGGAGACGAUUCGAAAGAACCCGAACACCCCUAUACCUGAGCUCCUGGACCAGACCUUCACCCUGGUUGAUCAGCAGUUGGAGAAGCUACCCCUUAAGAACAGUGGAUGCACUGCAGUAAUAGCAGUAUUACGAUGGGAAGACCGGGUGCCCAACUCACAGUCGUCUACCGGAUCAGUCUUGUUUGCGCCGGCCGCGGUGUCGGCGGUGAAGAACGCCUCUGAGAGCAGUGAGAAACAGACGGAAACCACGGAUGCUGUCACCUCGGAGUCCGCGACGCCAACCCAGCCCGUCGGUCAACCAGAAGGGCGUAAUGAGCACCCCGCGGAGGUGCGAUUACGAAACGAUGCCAGCCGCCAACGCGUCUUGUACACUGCAAACGUUGGAGACGCGCGGAUAGUUCUAUGCCGUAAUGGCAGAGCUCUUCGACUAUCCUAUGACCACAAAGGCAGUGACGAAAACGAGGGCCGUCGUGUUGCUAGCGCUGGCGGUUUAAUCCUCAACAAUCGCGUCAACGGUGUCCUUGCGGUCACAAGAGCUCUUGGAGAUGCAUAUAUGAAGGAUCUAGUUACCGGCCAUCCGUACACUACGGAGACCGUGAUUCAGCCUGACCAGGACGAGUUCCUCAUUCUCGCUUGCGAUGGGCUUUGGGAUGUCUGCUCCGAUCAGGAGGCCGUCGAUUUGGUCCGACACAUCCAAGACCCACAAGCGGCGUCUAAAACUCUGGUUGAUCACGCCCUUGCACGCUUUUCGACCGACAAUUUGUCUUGUAUGAUCGUUCGGUUUGACAACAAAGCCCUCAAACAGCGCAAGAUCGAGGCUCAGUUGGGCGUGGACGGAGAUCCAAUGAAGCCGGGGAUUAGUGAAGCUGAUGCCAUCGUCUCUCAGGCAAGGAAACAAAUGGGCGAGCCCGACCAGCCUGUUGAAAGCGCCGCAGCUGAAAUGAUAAUGGAAGAAGAGGAAUCAGAGCCGGGACCCGAGCUGAACGUCGACGCGCUCAGAGCAGCUCAGAAGAACAACAUUCCAAACAGCACUUGAUGUACAGGAUUUCAUGCGGGCGCGGUGCCUAGUCUCAGAGCGUUAACCGACACUUUUGUUUGAGCCGCGGCUUGGGGUAGGAGCUUCAAUGUUGGAGAUUGGGCGGCAAUGUUUGGUUCAAUUCGCUGUAUCUCUGGUUCGUCCUUCGAUGACACUCAGUCAAUGUUAGCUGUACCAACGAAAGCCUGGCGUUCUUAGGAAAGUCAACAACUUGAGGAUAUAGUCCCCAGCUGCGCGGUCAUGGCGUCAUGC